UGAAACGGAGCGCUCAGGCAAGCAAGCAUCGCGCAGCAGAGCAGUGCGGCGCGGCGCGGUGCGGUGCGGGGCGUACUGAGCGUGACCACCUUGCAACCUGUUCAUCUACUUGAAACAAGUUUCACAACAAACUGUCAUUCUUCCGAGGUGCGGACCUUUAGGGACAACAUUGGCAUCGGGCAUCUUGUGUCUGAAAACUUUUGCUUUUCCGGGCGAUGUCUGGAUCAUACUGCAAAACUUUGUACCCGUUCAGUGGAGAUCAGCACCAGCAGGGACUGAGCUUCGAUGCCGGGGAGAUGAUCAUGGUGCUUCAGUCUCUGCCUGGAGGCUGGUGGGAAGGAGAGAAAGAUGGAACCCGAGGAUGGUUUCCUUCAAGUUAUGUCCAGGUACUGGAGAGAACAGCAUCGCUAAGUCAGCUUCCGCUGGAGGACCUGAAAGAGCCUCUGCCUCCUCACUGGAAGUGCUACAUGUCUCCACAAGGGCGGCGAUACUAUGUCAACACCAUGAGCAAUGAGACAACAUGGGAGAGACCCUCCAGUGUUCCAGGGACUCCCAAAUCAUCCUUUCGCCACAAGAGCUCCCUUCCUGCAGUGAACGGGUUUCACUCAGAUGAGAGCCCCUGGCAUCCCAUGGAACUUCCACACAACAAUAUGAUCCGGAAAGGCAGCACUGAGCAACAGAGCCCGGGACCAACGUCGCCCACCAGGAGACAGAACAAGGAGACCACAGUGACGAUUAAUAGUGUGACUUUCCCUCUGCCUGCCUCCAUGACAGAACAACAGCUGCUUAAACCAAACGAAUGGAGUUACUGUGACUACUUCUGGACUGAUAAGAAAGAUCCCCAGGCCAACAGCUACAUCAGCGGGUUUGAAGUUUUAUUGCAGAAACAACUGAAAGGGAAACAAAUGCAGAAAGAGAUGGCCGAAUUUGUACGAGAGAGGAUAAAAAUAGAGGAGGAAUACGCCAAGAACCUUUCCAAACUUGCCCAGAUACCUCUAGCAAGCCAGGAAGAAGGGACACUCGGGAAGGCGUGGGCCCAAUUGAAGAAGAGCCUGGCUGAUGAAGCCGAGGUUCACCUCAAGUUCUCCUCAAAACUGCAGAGUGAAGUGGAGAAACCUUUACUGAGCUUCAGGGAGAACUUUAAGAAGGACAUGAAGAGGUUGGACCAUCACAUUGCAGAUUUACGGAAGCAGCUCGUGGCUCGCUAUGCUUCUGUGGAAAAGGCCCGUAAAACUCUGGCUGACAGACAGAAGGAGCUGGAGUUGAAAACACAGCAGCUGGAGAUCAAACUCAAUACCAAGACUGAGGAAGAUAUCAAGAAAGCCCGAAGGAAAUCCACUCAAGCAGGAGACGAGCUGAUGCGUUGUGUGGACCUAUACAACCAGUCACAGUCCAAAUGGUUUGAGGAGAUGGUCACCACCAGUCUGGAAUUGGAACGGUUGGAGUUGGAGCGAGUGGAGAUGAUCCGGCAGCACUUGUGUCAGUACACCACGUUACGACACGAGACGGACAUGUUCAAUCAAAGUACGAUGGAGCCAGUGGACAAGCUUUUACAGUGUGUGGAUCCUGCCAAAGACAGAGAGCUCUGGGUGCAGGAGAAUAAGACUGGAGACAUCAGGCCUGUGGACAUUGAGAUAUAAAUUAGAAACAAGACAGCUCUGCUCCCCUUGCAAAAUCACCAAUGAUCCCGAUAUGACUUUG